AUGAACGUAAUAGAAAGAGUAACUUAUGAGCACAAUGUGUACAUAGAUGAAUGCCCCGAAAGCAUAACUCGAAGUGCGUGCAGACGAGUUAUUAUGAUUGAAGGCGAGAAGCCCUUAUAUGAGGGCAGUAAUGGUGGCUCCAUCAUAAUGUACGUAAAUUCUUGGCCUAUGCUGGUGGGAGUGCUCUCAGCUCGUCAAAAUGUUGGCAAAGCAAACCAAGCUGAUAAUUGGUACCAUUUCAAUGAUUUUCGACAACACUCACUUCCAACUAAAGACAGUUACGCUGCAGCAAUCUGA